AAAUUCCCUCAUUUUAUCAAAACUUCUAAUCUGCGCUUGCGCAGCUCGUCUCCAGUACACAUUUCGCUACUGACGUCUAGUCUGUUUGACAUUAAUUUCCGGACAAAUAAAUUGGAUUUGCAUGCAAAACAGAUUCACAAAAGGACAUUUUGUCUUGGAAAUUACUUAUUUAGUUUACGAGGAAUAUUCAAAAUGCCGUUUUUUAGCAAGAAGAAAGGAGAUAAGAAAAAGAAUGGAGGUUUAGCGGACCCCGUUACAAAUGCACAAAGUUAUAACGGAGCCGGUGAUACACCAACGCAUUCACCAUACGCCGACGAUCCAUCGUCCAGAUCUCUGCCGACGCUACCAGCCGAUGCUCCCGCCGGUCAGCACUCAACACCGGGAAAGCAGUCUACAAUGAAUAAUGCUCCACCUCCUAAACCACAACGGCUUGUUUUCAGUGCAUUUCUAGCUCACGGUAGUCCUCCUGCCAAAGUAGAAGGAUUCACAAAUGUUAAAGAACUCUAUGAAAAAAUAGGAGAAGGAUUUUCCAUGCCUGCAUCAGAGAUUCUCUUCUGUACACUCAACACAUUCAAGACAGAUAUGGACAAAUUAUUGGGCGGACAGAUCGGUCUCUCCGAUUCAAUAUACGCACACAUCAAGGGGCAGAAGUUUGAAAUCGCUGUCAAUAAAGUGGAAGCAGCUCUCGGCCUUACGAUCACAGACAACGGUGCCGGUUACGCAUUUGUAAAGAGGAUCAAAGAGGGAUCGAUUAUGGAGAAGAAUGGUUUCGUGGAGGUUGGUGAUCACAUAGUGAAAAUAAACGCUACCGAAAUGAUUGGGUGCCGGCAUUAUGAAGUCGCGAGGGCGCUGAAGGAUUUACCAAUAGGAGAGGAUUUCACGAUGAAGCUCAUCAGACCUCAUAAAGCAUUUAAUGAAAUUGGACCACGUGGAAGUAAAGUAUCUAUGGCAACCAACAACAACAUUGGUACAGGAAAAGCUACAUUGAGAUUACAUACCAAGGGACCUGCUACAGUAGAACAAUUGCCCGAGGAAUACGAGACGCUAGCCGUAGGGAAAGUUGAUGACUGUCUGGAGAGUUACAUGGGAAUCAGAGAUCUUGAUUUAGCCGCAUCGAUCGUGGACAUGUUCAAGGGCAAGACUGACUUUGUGGAGUUCAUGACGGCAUUCAACGAGCACUUUGAUCUCUUUGGAUUCCCCGAAGCCUUUGUCUUUGAAGUCUGGGGCUUCAUCAAAGAUGCCAAGGAUAAAAGGCUCACAGAUCCUGCCAGCAAUCUAGUCGAAUUCGACGAAGCAUUCUAAAAGGAGGUAUAAUAUGCACCAUCUCCACUGCACUUUUUGAUAGGGGGAGGCAUUUGCUGGAGGGGCGUCCAGCUUGUGCAUGUCAUCGCAUUCUUGUCUUGUUAAUAACAUAAAGGCAGCACAUUCAAAAAAUGGCUUGCUUCUGAGAGUAAAUUAUAAAUUUGUAGGAGGAAACAAAUGCGUUAACGAUGUUGAAUUUGGGGUUGAUUUAUUGCCAGACCUAGUAGAUGUUUUGUCCUUGAAAAUGUUAAUGUUUUUAUUACGAUAAAUAAACUGAUGAGAUUUGAACAAGAUUUUUAAAUGUGCUCAUCUCCAUGUUGUUUGUAAGAUAGCUAUCAUGUGCAAAGUCAAUGUUGCGUCUACCAGAAUCAUGUCAAUAUUCAAGAAACAUGGCAUUUCAUAUUGUAGGCUCUUUUUAAGAAAUGAUGUGUUUUCUUGUGGUCCAGGUGACCCUUGCUACAUUUGCACCAGCCGCUUUUUCCAAAUUCAAAUCAUGUUUGCACUUUGCAGCUUCUGUACUGCCUCGUACAUGUGUGCCUACAAUGUACAAAAUCUUUAGAAUUACUUAUACAAAUUUGUGUGAUAAAAGUGUUUUUGUAUUUCUUCUUGUACUGUAGGUGUUUGUGAGUGCUUAAGCCUUGAAACCAUAAAAAUAAAGACAUAAUUUCUUUCUUGUAUGUAUUCAAAAGAUUUGUAUAUUGAACGUUUUUAACAAAUUGAGUCCAUUCGGAUCUUUAUAUAUUAAUUCUAUUUACUAGCCUUGUAGAAAUGAUUGCUGGUCGAUUCCGAAAAUUUCCUUGACCUGUCUGAAAGUCAUAGUGAACAUGAAUUUCAUGAUUAUUUCUUAUUGAAAAUUGAAAAUAGAACUAAAAACAAAUUCCUUUAUGUACACUGUACAUGUAUGAAAAUUCUUUUUAUAAAAAUAUGAUAUCACUGAUCAUGAUGUCCCACGUUUCGGAAAUCAUAAACUGGGAAUGGGACCAAAUAUUUCUUAUCUUCACUUCGAUCUUCUAGACUUACAUGUAUAUCCAUAGUUGUGAGGUUGCAUUGUGUUUGUCUAUGAUUAACAUGCAAACCUAGGCCUUUGUUAUAAGAGGAAAUACACAAUCGGGUGUUCAAACACCCCCUUAUUUAUUGUGCUAGUAUCAUAAGAAGAGAUAACAUCAUGCAAUGAAGUCACACAUCUCAACUAAUUGGAGGAUCAAAGGUGCAUUAAAACAUAGUACCAAUGUAAUAAACCGAUAGUCAAAACAAGUGUGUUUAAUACAAGUUUGUGACAACUUGCAAGGCAGAUAUUCAAUCAUUCUUAUUUACAAUGUACAUUCCCGUAAAAGGGAUAAAGGGGAAUAGGAACAAAAAGUGGAAAGUUUCUUUGACAAAAAAA